CAUAUGUGAUCAGUCACAACGUUUUCCAGAGCUUACAAUCUUUGACAUUGCAGAAUCUUCCAAAGCUUGAUGGGUUCUGUUCAAAAGACGCAAGGGCUGUUGUGACAACCAGGAUGGAUGAAAAAAUUAAGAUCAAUGAAAUCAUAUUGGAGAAUGAGAUGGGGAGUCCGGUGCAACUUUUCAAGAAUGGAGAGAAUUUGAUACCAAACUUAACAAAUUUAAUGGUGCGCCAAUGUGAUGGUUUAAGAUUCUUGCUAUCUUAUUCCAUGGCCAGAAGUCUUGUGAAACUCAAACAUCUUGAGGUACACAAUUGUCAGAUAAUGGAAGAGAUAGUAUCUUUAGAGGAAUACCUUGAAGAAAAUACAGAUAACAUCUUCUGUAAGCUGUCACAUUUGCAACUACUACACCUACCACAACUCACCAGAUUCUGCAUCGGAAGUUAUAUUGAGUUUCCUUCCUUGGAGAUAUUGCAUGUCGAAGAUUGUACUAAACUGGAAACUUUUGUUCUUGAUCCUGUUUUGAUCCAAAAUGAGGAAACUCAUUCGAGUAAUAGUCAUCAGAAUCCUACACCAUAUUUUCUGUUUGAUGAAAAGGUUGGAUUUCCAAGCUUGAAGGGAGUGGUCAUCUAUGACCUUCCUAAGUUGAUAACAAUAUGGCACAACCAACUUUCUCAGGACUCUUUCUGUAGACUCAGUAAAGUUGACGUACGAAGAUGCCAGAGUCUAAAGAAUAUAUUUCCAGUAUCAGUGGCCAAGGGUCUUAAGCAGUUAAGGAUUCUGUAUGUGCAAGCUAGGCUGCAUGGAAUCGGGUGCGGGUGUAAUGGAGUGGAGACAAUUGUUGCAAAGGAAGAAGGACAAGAAAUGGAGCUCAACUUUGUGUUCCCCAAAGCAACAUCUGUGACAUUUAAUAUGCUGCCCCAAAUUAAGUGUUUCUACAAUGGGAGGCACACGUCCAGGUGGCCCUUACUCCACCAACUAUGUGUGAGUGCAUGCCCAAAUGUGGCGUUAUUUGUGUCAGAAAUUUCAAGAGUUCGGAAAGCCAAUGCCUCCACAGAGCCUUUUUUCAUAAUUGAGAAGAAUUCAUUCCCUAAUUUGGAUCAUUUGAUUUUGGGCGGCACGAGGUUGGAGAUUUGGGAUGGGCCACUGCCAGCGGAUUUUUUUGCCAAGGUAAAGAUUCUUAAUGUUGCAUCUCAACGCUUCAAGUUAUCACCUGAUUCUCUUCAGAAAUUUCAUAGUCUCGAAUCACUUAUAGUGAUGGGUACUCCUUUGGAAGAGAUAUUUGUAAAUCACGGAAGUAGUAGUGGAACAAUACAUGCAGUUGGGACUCAGCUCCGACGUGUAAGAUCCUUGAAGCUUUCACGAAUGUCCAUGUUGUUGCAUUUAGGGGUGGAAAACUCUCAACCAGUGGUUUUUCCAAAUUUGGAAAUUUUAGAGGUGGAGCUUUGUGUCAGACUCCAGAAUCUGAGGGCAUCUGCAAUAUCCUUCCAGAAUCUAAUCACUUUGAAGAUUCUGCUGUGGAAAUUGUUUGGUCAAACUCCCAACCUUGGAGAGAUUAGUCGUUACCGACUGCCUGGUGAAUUUUACCCCGAAAGGUUUCUUCAGAACUUUAAUAAUCUUGAGAACCUUGUGCUGCAUGGUGAUCACAAAGAAAUAUUUUUCCACGAAGAAAAUAGUACUGGGGAGUUACGUACAGUUGUGAGCCUCCCGCAUUUAAAAUCGCUGAAAUUUUCAGAAAUGCACAUGCUAGUGCAUUUGGGGAAGGAGAUCAGUUCCCAACCAAUUAUUCCAAAUUUGGAAGUUCUAGAGGUGUCACUCUGCGAGAAAUUACAGAAUCUAAGCUCACCAGCAGUAUCCUUUCAGAAUCUCACAACUCUGAAAGUCUUUGGUUGUCAUGGCCUGGAAUAUUUGAUCACUAGCUCGAUUGCCCUGACUCUGGUACAACUCACACAUUUGGAAGUUAAGAAUUGUGAAAGGCUGAUGGAAAUAGUGGGAAGCAGCCGCGAAGAUAUGGCAGGAAAUGAGAUUAUUGCUUUUAACAAGUUGCAGCAUUUGAAACUUUCAGGAUUGCCCAGUUUGCAAUGUUUUUUCUCGGGUAAUUGCAUUUCACAUACUACGAUUUGCAAAGAAAUUGAAGAGAGGGAGUGCACUGAGACUGUUGUGCCAUGUUUUCUUUUUAACGGAAAGGUGGGAUUUCCUAGCUUGGAGAUACUGAUGAUCCAUGACCUACCUAAGUUGAUGACAAUAUGGCACGGACAAUUUGCUCCAGACUCCUUUUGCAAACUCAAAAGGAUUUUUGUUCAGGGAUGCCAUAGUCUAAUAAAGAUAUUUGGUGCUACUAUUCUUGAAAGAAUGAAUGCUCUUGAAACUCUGUUACUAAAGCAGUGCAAGUUGCUGCAACUGGUAUUUGAACUCGGGGGAAUCACCGCUCAGGAAACAGAUGAUACAUCAUUCACUCCGUCCAAAUUGCCUGAAUUCAGUCAGAAUCUGGUUUCAGUGGAAAUAGAGUCAUGUGACAGUUUGAGUUAUAUCUUUCCGGCUUCAGUGGCCAAACGUCUUCCCCAGCUGAGGAGACUGAGUGUAGGGAAUUGUGAAAGAGUGGAGGAAAUUGUUGCAAUGGAAGGAGUGGAUAUGACAACACCUGUGUUUGUUUUCCCAAACGCAAUAUCUGUGCGGCUUCUAGGUCUGCCCCGGCUUCUAGGUCCGCUUCUGUGUGGCCUCUACUCGAGUACUUGA